AUGCUGUUGUUUGAGCUCGUUCUUGGCUUCGAAGGAUUUCGGGUUGUAUUUUUCUUUUGUAUUAUACUGUGCUUGCUUCUAAUUUGUUCGACAUUAUUGAGAAGAGACCGAUUUUACAAUGUAACUUCACAGUUACCAACUGCAAAGGGUCUACCGUUUCUUGGAAUCGCAUAUCAAUUGACACCCAUGAAAAAAUUUCUUUACGUUUUGGAGUCUUAUUUUCUAAAAUUUAAAAGUUGGAGUUAUUACGCUUGGAUUGGACCGCAACCAUUUUUCGUUACCGUCGAUAUAGAAAUGAUAAAAGAAAUACUUACUUCGAGUAGUUUUUUAGAUAAAUCAACAACUAUGUAUUCUUCCGUCAAUAAAGCAAUUCCGAAUGGAAUUAUUUCGAGUCCAGUUAAUAAAUGGAAGCAUAAUCGGAAGUUAAUGAACUCAACAUUUACACACAGAACUAUCACUGCAUUCAUUCCAAUUUUCAAGAGAGGAACGAAUAUACUAGUGGAGGAGCUAGAUGGCUUUGUAGGGAGAGGAGAGCUUGAAGUGUUUGAAAUAAUCAAACAAACCUUUUUGGAUAUGGCCUUAGAAACUACAAUGGGUACAGAUCCUAACCAAACAAAUAAUAAUCACAACAAAAUGAUUAGCGGUUUUAACUAUUUGCUGAAGCAAGCGGCAACCGGAGCUGUUCUCAGCACAGUAAAACUGGGAUUUUUAACUCUCACACCCAGAUAUUUUAGGACUCAACAAUUUAUACAAGAUCAUAUAGAAAAGUUAAUUAAAGACAAAAGGAAAGCUAAUAACUGUAAAGGAAACAGCAAAACUAUGGAAAAUCAAUCGAAUUCGGACGAUUGCUAUACAAAGAAAGAAGCAGAUAUUUUUAUUAACAGAGCUCUUAAUUUUCAGGAUCAAGGCCUGUUUGGGCAAGAUGAUGUAAUAAAUGAAACGAAAACUAUCGUGUCUGGGUCGUUUGACACGGUUUCCACACAAAUUUACUCAAUUCUAAUUAUGUUGGCCAUGCAUCCGAAUGUUCAGGAAAAACUUUACGUAGAAUUGACACAAGUAAUGCCGGAAAACAACAUAUCACUAGAAUACAAGCACCUUAAGCAUUGUCCCUACCUGGAUAUGGUAAUUAAAGAAACUCUUCGCCUAAUGCCAUCAAUCCCAGUUAUCGGCCGGGAAGCAGCGAACGAAAUCCAAGUGAACGGCAUAAACUUUCCAAAAGGCAUUCAAGUAAUGAUACCGAUUUUCAUUCUUCAUCGGCGGAAAGAUUUGUGGGGCGCAAAUGCCAAUGCAUUCAAUCCAGAUAACUUUCUCCCGGAGCGCAUGAGUGAACGGCGUCCAUAUGCAUAUAUACCUUUUUCGAAGGGUGCCCGGAAUUGUAUUGGUUGGUACUACGCUGAGACUGUUUUACGUAUAAUAUUGUUCGGUUUAAUUCGAAAUUUCAAGUUUUCAACCUCCUUCCAGUACGAAAAUCUGGUAUUUUCCAAUCAUAUAAGCUUACGAUAUGUUGAAGAACCUAAACUGCAAAUAUACCGAAGAAAUCAUGCUAUAGAAAAAAUGAAUUAAAUGAUAUUUACCUGCAUACAUAUAUUCAUACAUAGAGACAUACUAAGCUAUACUAAGUGCAUGGAAAUUUGCAAUCAUUCUCUUAUUAGUUUGUAUUUUAUUUGUGUGUA